AUGGCCACGGCCGUCUCAGAUCACAUCCUCAACCCGGCCAGCGCUCCGAUCCCUGAUUUGUCCUUCCUGCCCUAUCUCAAGACGGCCUUUCCGCCCUUUGGCUUUCCCAGCAAGCACAAUCGUCCAACAUGCGCUGCCUAUAAGAAUGGCCACUGUCCACUCGGCCCUGCGUGUCCUGAUCGCCACUAUACUCCACCCAACGAGCGUUCCGGAAUCGGCCAUCUCAUCUGCAAACAUUACCAACGCGGUCUGUGCAAGAAAGGCGACCAAUGCGAGUUCGCACAUACCUUUGACUUGCGAGGUGAAAGAGAGUGCAAAGAGUUCAGCCGUUUCGGUCUUUGCCCUCAGGGCGACGAGUGCACAUACCUCCACAUAGCACCAACCUCUCCGUUGCGCAUUGCGCCGUGCCCUCAUUUUGCCCGCGGUUUCUGUCCACUCGGCCCGUAUUGCAGUCUAAGACACAUCAAACACGCUGCCAUCUGUCGUUUCUACCUUGCUGGCUUCUGUCCAAAUGGUCGUUCAGGACCUCCGGACAGAGACAACGUUGUCUCAUGCGAACACGGCGCUCACCCCAAAUGGAUCGAGGCAAAGGACUUGAAGAAGCCGGAGCCCCGUCGUGUGAAGCCUGAGGAAGAGCUGCGAAGAGAGCAAGAAGAGCGUGAGGAAGAGUUCUUUGCUGAAGAGGAGAAGCGUCGCGAAAGAUUUGAAAGAGGAGAGAGUGGUGGCGGACGUGGCUGGGGCAAGCGUAGAGGAAGAGGCAGAGGCGGUUGGAGAGGUCGAGGAGGCUGA